CUGUUUUUCAGUGAACGAAGCGAACAAAGAUGGCAGCCCCCUGUGAGAAAACACCCGGCGUGAGCAAUAUGCUGCAGUUUAUGAAACUUAUUGGACAGCUAAAAAGGGUCCCACGGACUGGCUGGGUGUACAGAAAUGUAAAGAACCCUGAGAGUGUAUCAGACCACAUGUAUAGGAUGGCUUUGAUGUCUCUCACCAUCACUGACCCUACAGUAGACAGAGACAGAUGCAUAAAACUUUCACUUGUCCAUGAUAUGGCAGAGUGCAUUGUGGGAGAUAUUGCUCCUUCAGACAAUGUCAGCAAAGCGGAGAAACACAGGAGGGAGGAGGAAGCAAUGAGGCAUCUGACAAGUCUGCUACCGGAAGGUCUUAAACAGGAGAUCUAUGCUCUGUGGGAGGAAUAUGAAUCUCAGAGCAGUCCAGAAGCAAGGCUGGUCAAACAGUUUGACCUCCUGGAGAUGAUCAUGCAGGCUCAUGAGUAUGAAGAGCUGGAAGGAGCGCCAGGAAGGCUGCAGGAGUUCUUCGACUCCACCACAGGGCGCUUCCACCACCCAGACGUCCUCCAGGUGGUCAGCUCUCUAAAUGAACAAAGAGGAACGAGCAGCAAGGAGCUGAAGAAAUCCCAGACUGACGGCUCAGAAUCCAAACACUAACACACAGCGACAUGCUUGUCCUGACUGUGAGAAAACAUCAGGCAGGAAAAUCCUGCUUUUGUCCUCCUCACAGACUGAUCAGCUCAGCAGAAGAUGAACAGAUGCCAGUUUUACAAAAAACUGGAUUUAUUUAUUUUCCAGGUAUAAUUUUACUACAAAUUAAAACUCACCUUCCAACUCAGCUGGUGCUGCCUUAGAGACUGCUGCUGUUAUAUGAUCCAAGAGCAGAAAUAUAAUCAUUCAUCUUAUUGUAGCUUAAAAAAAAUGUUUUAUAGAUAUGUAUGAACAGUAAAUCAUUAUUUUCCACUCUUGUUUUUUUUAUUGAACAAGAAAUUCCUACAUUAACCAGAUUUAUUGGUUAGUUUAAAUACUGUCACAUUGCACAUAUAAGGUAAAUCCAAUAUCACAAAAGUUAUCCAUAAAAAGAUAAGUAAAAGUUGCAGCACCACAUGCCUCCUAGUUUCCUCCAUAAUAGGAAUUUUCAAGGCAGUCUGCAGAAAAACAUCGGGAAUAAAAACCAAAAUAAGGUUUUGUUACAGAA